AUUUUUCUAGGAACAUUUUUCCUGUUACUUAAAACUCUCGUUAAAACGCCAAAUUCGUUAUCGCCAUUUGCCGCAGUGUUUUCAUUACAAAAGUCUAUUUCAACGUGUUAAUUAUCUCGAUAAACCGCCAUGGGUGCACAUGGUCAGUGAAGCAGUAAAUUGGUCAUUAUCAAUCUCGGGCGUACACCUGGACAGAAGGAUCCCAAUAAUUGUCGUAUUGAAUAAACAAGAACAAUACUCGAGAUGAACAAUACUCAAGUUGUUUAUACUGUACAUCAAAGAAACACAUUUCAAUUUAGCUAUGGCUUCGCCACGAAAGAGGGUCCUGUUAAAUUUCGAUGAGAAAAAUCAAAUCAUUACGUACCAAGGACAUCAUCAAAAAUGUACCCAUCAGGAUAUUGCAAAUCAUUUUUCUGUUUUAUGGGAAAAGGCUAUAUCAAAAGAAGGACAGUGGGCGACAUCUUAGCAGCAAAGGAUCGCUCACUUACAUAAGUAUUGUAAAUAGAGGAAAGAUAACUCUUACAUAUAAAAGAACAGUAACUCUAUUUCUUCAAGAUGGCAGUGAUUCAAUUCAUCGCCAAAUUCGUUAUAAUGCCAUAAUUUCAUAAGAACAAAAGGUGGCGGUUUAUCGAGAGUUGACUGUAUUGAUUUGAAAAUGUAAUAGGUCGAAGAUUUACCUGAAAAAAAUGUUUUUUUAAUGCUGUAUCAGGGUAAUAUUGAUAUUUACUGUACAAGUGUCGUGCUAUAUCAGGGUAUUUGAUAUUCAAGGGCCGUGCAAAUUGUUUGUUGACUCAUUUGUAUCAAAGGUUUUUAAAAUACAGUGUAUAUGUUAUCAAUAGGUUUAUAGAGUUGUGGAUUCAGUAAUUUCAAUGGUUUUAUUUAUUUCUGGGAUUCUGAUUUUCAUCCACUUUUACUAUUCAGAUAACCUCUGAUUGGAUGUUGAGAAGUAUUGUCAGUUUCAAUAUAUUCAAGUCAAUGAUUAUUGUUUAAUUCAAGGUGAAAGUAUCUGACAUCAUCUGAUGAUGUCAGAGACCAAGAAUUCCUUAAUGAGUUAUUAAAUAGCUUGAAACUGCAUACUAAGGACUUUUCUGUUUCAUCUGCAUGUUUGUCUAUUGCAGUUUAGCAUGUAUACGACUCAUUAUCUGACUCGGUCUUGUUAGGUUUGUAUUUUUCUGUCCAGUAGAGACCCAGCAUGGACACUGAUGAUCAUCUCUCACAGUUUUUCUGCAUGCAGUUAUUGGUAGAAGUUAUUUGUAAUGGGAAUUCUCAUCAUGUUGAUAGACAAUAUGUAAAUUUAGUUAUACCAUGCUUUAUAAAGCAAAACCCUGUGUGUAAUGAUGAAAACAGUACUCAGUGUUCGAAAAUGAUUUAAAACUUGGUAUAGACCAUGGGUCUAUGCCAAAACAAGAUGACAUAGACCUCAUCGAAUUGGCAUAGACCGCAAUAUUGAAAAAAAAAAAUUUCACAAAAAACCCUCCAUUUUCGUUUACUUAUAAUGUACCCCGAAAGCAUAUUUCUUUCCAUUUCCAUAACAAUAUCCUCCUUUCUGCAUAACAUUUAUCAGACGUCGAUUGGCCAUGUAAGGAUCCUUUUGGGAAAACUUUAUUGGUUUAAAUCUAGAAAAUCGGCAUAUACAAUUUUGGUCUUUCUUAUUUAAAAUUGGCAUAGACCAGUGUGAUUUGACAUAGACUCAGUCUAUGGUUAAUUUCGAAUACUGAGUACUGCAUAUGAAAUGUUGUAUAAGGCCUAAAAUAAUUAAUCAACAGUUUCACGGGGCCCACGCCAUCCAUUGAAAAGGUACUUUAUGGAUUUUUUUUUCAAUUUAUCUUUAUUUAUGUAAAUGAGGUAACUCCUUUGUUAUAGAUAUUUAUGUAAAAAUUUUCAGAAGGUUAUAAUAAAAUUGUUAUGUAUGUUUUUGGUCAAAUAAUUGGUAAAUGCAUACUCAUUUAUGUGUAAGAAUAAUAGUACACAUUUAAUAGUAAUAUGAGGCUAUGUUUUUUUUUUUUUAAUAAGGAAUAAGAAUUCCAUUGCUUGAGGGAAAGAAAAAAAGGUAAAUCAUAUUACAGUCAACAUAAAAAGGAAAGAUAACUCAUACUACAGCCAAGUAAAAAAAAAACCCUUCUUGCCUCAUCAAAAUUUGAUAUUUUUGGCCUGAGAAAUUAUAAAUUUUUUAUAGCCUGAAGUAUAUUUUGCUUUAUCAUAAGAUUUAUGUAUACACAGAAAUCUUGCUUGGUCAUGAAUGUUGUUGUCAACUUAGUAUUAAUUAGUUAGUAAAUUAGCUGUAAAUUUACUGAUUUUAUCAGAUAAUAUGUACUAAGCUAUAUUUUAUUGAAAAUCUAUUCUCAAAUUGUAUGAACGGAAAAUCAAAACUAUUUUUGAUCCAAUCGUAUCUUAAGGUGGAUCGAUCCUCAUGUGACUUAUCAAUAUUAAUGGUUGAAAGUGGAAAAACUAUUGAUUUCCACUCAAUAUAGUUUAAUUUAAUCAAUAACCAAAGAAAAUGUGUAUGUUGCCACCUUUUUAAAGAUGUCAGAUAUGCAAAAACAGAAGUAUAUAUCAACAUAAAAGAUCACACAUUUUCAUUGAACAGAAUAAAAUGGAUAAAAAGUUGUUGAAAUGACAAAUUUUAUAUGUCAACAGUUUAAAAAAAACCUGCUAAUUCAUAAAUGUAUAAAAAUGAAUUGUGGGUAGGGAAAUCAUUGUAUAAUAGACGUGCAGUAGAGGGAAUUCCAGCAUAGGAGUUAUUGCCCUUGACAACAUUUUGUUUAUCAUAAAUAAUUGAUUAUAGAGAAUAAAAACUUUUUCAGUAUCAAUAGUUAACCAUUGUUUUUUAUCCAGUGAAUAAAAUUCCUCUGAAAUAUAUACAUGUGUAUUUCUAUUAUGUGAAAAAUUUGAUUACCAGGUAAAUAGAAUUUUUGCAAAAACCUACAUGUAUGACAUCAGAUGAGGAUCGAUCAACCUUAAUCAAAGGGAUUGAAUGAUCUUUUCUGUUUGCAUAAUUAAAGAUACUUCGAUUCCAAUUAUUAAUGCUUUUACUAUAGAAAAAUGAAUACAUGUAUGGAACUAUAGAAUUACUUAUAAUGUACAUGUUUUAUUGUUUAUCUAGAGCAAUUAGCUCUGUUUAAUGCCACAUUUAUUGUAUACAAAUGAAAUGGAUAAUGUU